AUGCCCAUCGAGAUGGGGGAGGCGAGGGACACUGCCCUGCUCUGCCGGUUCGACCUGUCCCGGCCGGAGCAACGCGCACUCACCACGCCGCCGGUGGAUCGCUGGAAAGGAACGGCGCGCACUAGGGGAAGCGCUGCGCGCGGCAAACUUCUCUGGUGGACUGAAUCCUUGGGGAACACCAAGAGGAAGCAAAGAAAGAGAGACUUGGUAAUACCUCCACUUGUUGAUGAUGGCCUUCUGGAGAUUGUGGGUUUCAAAGAUGCUUGGCAUGGGCUUGUCUUGCUAUCCCCGAAAGGCCAUGGCACUCGUCUUGCUCAGGUUCACCGUGUUCGAUUCGAAUUCCACAAAGGUGCAGCUGACCACGCUUACAUGAGAAUUGAUGGGGAGCCCUGGAAGCAGCCUCUUCCAACGGAUGCCGACAAGGUUGUGGUAGAGAUCUCCCAUGCUGGACAGGUCAAGAUGCUCGCAACCAAAGACUGCAUAGCUAAAGGCAUCCAUGAGCCAUCCCCAACUAUUUCAACGGUUUAUCCAGAGUCUAGCUCCAAUGACGACACAGAUGACUUUGAGGAGGAGCGGAGGAACUUCGGUGCAACCUUGUCGUUUCGGUACAUGGGUGAUGUGAACAAACAAUAAAAGCUUGUGGUUUUAUUGAGCAUUGUGCAGUUUGUUUGCGUAGGAGGUAGAUUGCUGCACUAAUAUAUUGAAGACUGGAAGUUUGCCCCCUGUAAGAUCCUUUUGCUGACAAGUUGGUUUGCUAUGACAACGUAUUAGUGAAACCUGUGAGACCUCCUGACAGCUGCAGAGAAAUUUCUACAGUUUCUUCAGAAAAACAGAACAGGAAAACUAAUCUUUCAGCAUCUCAUAAGGUCCGAUGGCUGCCAUGUUGGUUUACCAGCCAAUUUAAGUGUGUUGAUGUGGAAGUAUAAAAGAUUAUC